UCCAUAAAUGUUUAUUAAGGGUCUACUUAGCAGGCAUUGUCCUAGACACUGAAUAAUAAAUAUGAAACAAAAAUAAUUCCAGUCUUUAAUGAGCUUACAACUAGUAGAAAAGAUAAUUACAUGAUUUUCUUUAAAUUCAGCAUAGUACAAUAAAUAAUAAUUAUGACAUUAACAUGAAUUAGGAUACAAAGGAACAAGUAGUCAAUUCUCAGGGAGUUUAUUCACUUACUAAAUUUUAUGAUUAUUGAUAUGAUUAACAUUUUACUUAUUAUUUGUUGACAUUGCUAUAAUUGUUAACAUUAAAUUAUUACUGAGAAUUUACUAUGUUUCACACUGUUCAAGGCAAAGAUGCUGCCAAAGUAAACAAAAUAAACAAAAAUCCCUGUGGUGUAGAGCUUACAUUUUUGCAGGAGACAGAUAGAAAACGUGAAGAAGUAAGAUUAUAUAUAGUAUGUCAGUCUUUAAUGAAGAUGUGCACACUGAAGAAGUGCAAAGUAUGAUGAGAAUACUGAGAGCACAAAUAGAGCGGGAGUAUAGAUUUUUGUGUGGUUCGGACAUAUACUGGUGCUUCCCUACCGGCUCAGCCAACGGGGUAAAGAAUCCUCCCGCAAUGAAAGAGACGUAGGAGAAGAGGGUUCAAUCCCUUGGUGAGGAAGAUCCCCUGGAGGAGGGCAUGACAACCCACUCCAGUACCCCUGCCUGGAGAAUCCCAUGGACAGAGGAGCCUGGUAGGCUAUACAGUUCAUAGGGUCACAAAGAGUCUGAAGUGACUUAGAACGGACAUAACACAUAUAUCGCUUGAGAGGUUGUUUGUUGUUGUUUGGUUGUGUUCUUAAAAUAUAUAUAUAUAUUUUUCUCAGUAUAAUGAAUGGUUUCCUUUCUCACAGGGAUUCCCUCGUGAAGUUCUACUUAGGACUCAUAGCCACUACAGUUUAUACAUGAAUUGUCUCUCAAAGUAGGCAAUGAAAUUGUGCUAAUCAAAUUACAUCAAUCUUUUAAAAGAUCUGACUGCCCGUUACUAAGUACUCAUGGAUACCACUGGAAAGUAGGGCAAAGCUGGGCGAACAGAAAACGGAGAAAAGUACACAGAGGCAAAAAGGACAAGGAGUACAAAAUAACAUUGUAAAGGGAAGAGUUAAGAGUAUCAUUGAUAAUUGCUGGAGCCUCUGAGGCUUCAGUGUACUGACGUUGACUAUUCCUGAGACAGCCCCUGACUGCCCCCUUGUGGCUGGUAGGACAUCCUUCAGCGCCAACACAGUCUAAUAAAAUUUCAUUUAAAAUGACAGGGCAACCUGUAGGGAUUGCGCUGUACUUUCCUGCCCCUUCCCUCUUGAUGUAGCAGAAUACUAUUUUUCUUAGAAGACAAAUCCUCUACAAAUUUCUGUCACACUUUCGACUAAAAUUGUAGCCGGAUAGAUUUGAGUUGACAAUGGACAGGGAAGCCUGGCGUGCUGCGGUCCAAGGGGUCGCAGUCGGACACGACUGAGUGACUGAAAUGAACUGAACUGAGACCUAAAGGGAGCGCGCUCAUGACCUGUCAUGCAUCAUCAAUUUAUCCCAACAGGAAAAGACAAUUGCCUACAUCUCCAAGAAGACAGGGCGGUAUUUAAAUACAACAGGAAGAAGAAAACUCUCUGGUCCACAGAUCUCAGCCAAUCAGAGAUUAAGCAACACAGCCAAUUCGAAGACGCCACAUUUUGGACUCCCAGCUUCCCCAGUGGAUCCUUUAGUUAUCACACCCGCUCCCACCUUCCCCCUUUUCCCUGCAAAAGCAAGUUCCUCUUACUAGUUCUCUGAAUUUGCAUAUAGUCCAUGAUAGUGCACAUAUCCUGAAUUGCAUUCCUCUAGCUAUUCCUAUUCACCUUUGCUGGUAAAAUAAUUGGCUAUUAUUAAUGUUGACACUAUAAUUUUGCAAUGGAUAAUCCUUUACUAUCCAUGGCCAAAAGAACCGAUUAUCUCAAAUACUCUGUUCUGAAGAUUGAGACUAAGGCCCAUUUCUCCCCGUAGAAGUGGUGGGAAUUUCCUCAGGAAGCUUUGCAUCUGCCUUUAAAACGUGCACACAAGUUUUAAUAUAUUUGACAGCCAACAAUUCAUCAGGCCCUGAGGUACAAUUAGAAGCAAUGUCACAACCACUGCCUUCAUGAAACCUGCAAACUAGGGGAAGAAGUUAUCAAAGAACUGCACAAAUAAAUGUGAGCAAACCUACCGAGAUAAACACCAUGAAGAAAAGGAAAGGUUUCUUGAAGGAGGCGACGUUCCAUUAGCAAGCAGGCAAAAGAGGCGGGAAAUGCAUUUCACUAGAGGGAGGCUUUAUCCGUUAGCUACGGCCCCAUAUUUCAUUUGAUAAGUCUUCCUAGUGAGGGUGGAGAGAAAAACGAACCAUUUUCAGGACCAACAGCUUGCCACCUGGGGCGGCCUGAGGGCCCUGCGAAAUUCGGGAAGCUUAGGCAGCGCCUCCACAACUGCCCUCAUCUAGACUCGAACUUCUCGCGAGGUCUGGAAACGAAGAUCAGAAGGUGCGCACCUCGCCUUGAAGUUCUCGCGAGGACCGCACACGAAGAUCAGAAGGUCUCCAUGUGCACGUGCACAGUCGUGCGGGACUGGCAGUUAGAGCGCGCGGCGUACCUGGUUUAGGGGCUCAGGGAUGCCGCGGUUCCUCUAUCUGUGUCUCGGGCUCCUGUUGGUUCGAGUCUCCCGUGAGCUGAACGACAUCAGCAGAGCCAGGAAAUUGUGCGGCCGGCAUCUACUGCAUGAGAUAGUAAAACUCUGUGGCGAUGUUAGCUGGAGCCACGUUGAGAAGGAAAAGCCUAUCUCACAGCUGCUUUCCCAGGCCUCAGAAAAGGUUGAAAGCUUCAUUCCUGACCGGUCAGAAAGCUCCCAAACCACUUUUCCGGUCUGGAGGAGAGCGACAAACCCAGUCCCUACUUCUGCCUCUCAGGAAGAAGCAAUAAACAAUAUGAAGGUGCAGUCACUGCCUGAGUAUCAGUAUAAAAAGGCCAACUUGCCUUUUAAGACAAGACAGGAGGACUCUUCCUCAUCACAAGAUAUCAGUCCAUAUAUUCAUGAGAUUAUAGAAUUUCAGAAGAAAAAUACAAACAAAAUCAAAACCUUAAGCAAUUUGUUUUGGGGGAAUCAUCCCCAAAGAAAACGCAGAGGAUACUCAGAAAAAUGUUGUCAGAAGGGAUGUACAAAAGAAGAACUUAUUAUUGCAUGCCUUCCAUAUAUUGAUUAUGAAAACUUAAGGAAGCGUCAGCAGUUGUGACUGAGAUAUACUAACCAUCAUGAGACUUACACUAACUUAAUAAAAAGCUUAAUAUAUUUUACUUAU